AUGUGUUCGAUCAAAAACCCAUUUUGUAUGGGCUACUUGGACUACUAUGAAGAUGAACUGCGCUCCUACAUUGUUCUGGAAUUUGCAGCUGGAGGCGAUCUUUUCACAAAAAUCACCCACUAUCAAGAUGCUGAUGGACAAUGUAUUGGCUUAACCGAAAAUCUUUCAAAACUCUAUACAUAUCAGAUUAUGAAAGCUUUGGAGUAUCUCCACCUUCGUGGCAUUACUCACCGCGACAUUAAGCCGGAGAACAUCUUAUUACUUGAAAAAAUGGAUCUGACCAUCAUUAAGUUAUGCGAUUUUGGUCUUGCCAAAAUAAUGUAUCAAGCUUCAACGAUGAACUCUUAUGUGGGAACGCCAAGCUACAUUGCUCCGGAGAUUCGGGAUACCGCUGAAGCUUACACAUCGGCUGUCGACCUAUGGUCAACGGGAGUUGUCUUGUUUCUGAUGCUUUCAGGAUAUCCACCAUUUUGCGAGUCCUACAACGACAUGGAUUUGGAAAAACAAAUUCGCACAGGACGAUUACUUUUCUCCCCAAGAUGGAAACGCGUUUCUAUUGAUGCACAAAAGCUUGUUCGUUGCAUGCUUACAGUUAAUUGCGCUAACCGCAUCACGGCUGCGGAGGCCUUGCAGCACCAAUGGUUCGAUGCAGGCACAAAAGAACUAACCGAGGACUUGCUGACAUGCAACAGCGAGGCUGAAAAU